AUGUCGCUAAAGUUGUGGAAAGAGGUAUGCAGUUAUAUGUUAGUGCCAGGAGUGGAAGAUGAAUCCAUGUGUGAGACCCUCGUCAGAUGGAAUGAGAUGGAUGCAAAUAUGGUCCAAAAGGGUUGUUAUAUCCGUUGGAAUGUUUGGGUUGAAAGAAACAGGAAAGUCUUUGAGCAUACAAGCCACCCUGCCACUGUUGUGGGCCAGAGAAUCAUGAGACAAGUCGAUGAUUUUAACACAUAUGCUGUGAGGAUUUAUGGAGGAGUGCGCUCCCCCGUGGUUCCGAGCCCAGGCCGAUGGCAUGCUCCCGCUACAGGCGCUAUUAAAUUGAACACGGAUGCAAGUUUGGCCGAGGAAGGGUGGGUGGGACUUGGAGUGAUAGCUCGCAACUCGGAAGAUAAGGUGUGCUUUGCUGCAACCAGACGUGUGCGUGCCUACUGGCCUCCCGAGGUAGCUGAAUGCAAGGCUAUUUAUAUGGCAAGCCGCUUAGCCAAAGCUCAUGGGUAUGGGGAUGUGAUUUUCGAGUCCGACUCUCUAGUAGCCACGAAAAGAUUAACAAAAGCAGCAAUUUUCUUCUCUGACUUGGAUGCAGUACUUGGGGAUAUUCUUGCUAUGUGUAAUGCUUUCUCUUCUGUUUCUUUUUCUCAUGUUAAAAGGGAUGGGAAUACUAUUGCCCAUAACCUUGCUAAAGUUGUGCCUUUUGGUGUUGAGCAAUGUUGGGAGCAUCACUGUCCUAGUGCUGUAACACCUUAUAUAUCAUACGGAGUUUCAUUAGUGAAUUAA